CCCAAUUUCAACCACCUCAUAUAUAAACCAAAAACGUUCACACACACAAAAAACCCUAAUCGCAAAUAGAAUAGCAAGUUUAACUUCAUCGUUUUCUCGGCCUCCAACCGAAAAUGAAGUUCAACAUUGCUAAUCCGACAACUGGAUGCCAGAAAAAGCUGGAAAUUGACGAUGAUCAGAAACUCCGAGCUUUCUUCGACAAAAGGAUCUCCCAAGAGGUUAGUGGAGAUGCUUUGGGUGAGGAGUUCAAGGGCUACGUUUUCAAGAUAAUGGGAGGAUGUGACAAGCAAGGUUUCCCAAUGAAGCAGGGAGUGUUAACUCCCGGCCGUGUACGUCUUUUGCUCCACAGAGGUACUCCUUGCUUCAGGGGUUAUGGUAGGAGAAAUGGAGAGCGCAGAAGGAAGUCUGUCCGUGGAUGCAUUGUCAGCCCUGAUCUUUCUGUUUUGAACCUCGUUAUUGUGAAAAAGGGUGAUAAUGAUCUGCCUGGACUGACCGACACUGAAAAGCCAAGGAUGAGAGGACCCAAAAGGGCUUCUAAGAUUAGAAAGCUCUUCAAUCUUUCCAAGGAAGACGAUGUCAGGAAGUAUGUCAACACUUACCGCAGAAAUUUCACUACCAAGACUGGUAAAAAUGCGAGCAAGGCUCCUAAGAUUCAGAGGUUAGUGACACCCUUGACUUUGCAAAGAAAGAGAGCGAGAAUCGCUGACAAGAAGAAGAGAAUUGCUAAGGCUAAAUCCGAGGCAGCUGAUUAUCAGAAACUUCUUGCUAGUAGGUUGAAGGAGCAAAGAGAGAGGCGUAGCGAGAGUUUGGCUAAGAAGCGGUCUAGACUCUCUGCAGCGUCUAAGCCAUCUAUUGCCGCUUAAGUUCAGUGGAUCUUAUCGAGAGGGGUAUAAGAGAAUGAGCUGCGUUUUUUGUCUCUAUUGUUACAGCUUUUGUGAUUUCUAGUGUUACAUUGGUCUGAUUGUGGCCACAUACAACUACUUUUAGGUUCCAGAUUUUUGGUUACUUUGUCUUUUUGGUCCAUCCUUACACAUCAAUCUAGCACUGUUAUUUGUUUUUCUUGACAUUGAUCAGUUCUUUUCGGUUACUUGUAUGACAUUAAUCUAUUUUUGACA